ACUAACUUGAAAAGAUUCCUGGGAGUCGAAGUUGAAAGCAAGCUUUCCCCCGCCAAGGACGCCUACCCCGAAACCGGCCCCGACGCCCCGCAGAGGCCCGCCUGAAGCCAGCCCCGCGCCCUAGCAGAUGCACGUGUCUGUCGAAUCGCUGCCUCCGAGCCCACCCCCGAGCUCGCGUGCUGUCACCCAUUCCAGCCUAAAUGUGACCAUAAAAUAGGGCUGCUGCUUUUAUCGAGAACACCUGCUUCCUCUAGUUGCCUUGUGUGAAAGUCGCGUUGUAUUUUCCUGCGCUUGGCACUGCGCCCGCGGAGCUCAGGGCCGUGACCCGGUGCUUGCAGCCCCCCGACCCCGCAGCGGAGCGGCGGCUUACAGACCUGGGGCCACCUGGAGACGCUGGGAUGGGACCGCGAGGGCAGCUCCGGGCGGAGGUGGGACCGGCGGGUUGGGAACGGAGUUGGGGCCCGUCAGGGCCCGGCGCGUGAAGGGUGGGCGGAUCCGGCCGCUGCCGGGCAGAUGGGAGCUGCGCGAGGAGACGGGCGCGCGUGGAGAGGGCGCGGGAGUUGGCAUUCGGUGGUCCUGGCAGUUAGCUGAGCGCGCCCUCUGAGCCGCUCGGUGGACACCAGGCACUCUAGUAGGCCUGGCCUACCCAGAAACAGCAGGAGAGAGAAGAAACAGGCCAGUUGUGAGAAGCCAAGGACACCGAGUCAGUCAUGGCACCUAAGGCGGCAAAGGGGGCCAAGCCACAGCCAGCGUCAGCUCCACCUCCACCCGGGGCCAAACCCGAGGAAGUAAAGAAGGACGAUAAGGAGCCAUCGGACAAACCUCAAAAGGCGGUGAAGGACGAUAAGGAGCCAUCGGACAAACCUCAAAAGGCAGUGCAGCCCAAGCACGAAGUGGGCACGAGGAAGGGGUGUCGCCGCUACCGGUGGGAAUUAAGAGACAGCAAUAGAGAGUUCUGGCUCUUGGGGCACGCUGAGAUGAAGAUUCUGAGUUUGGGCUGCCUAAUAGCGGCAAUGAUACUGUUGUCCUCACUCACCGUGCACCCCAUUUUGAAGCUUAUCAUCACCAUGGAGAUAUCCAUCUUCAGCUUCUUCAUCUUACUGUACAGCUUUGCCAUUCAUAGAUACAUACCCUUCAUCCUGUGGCCCAUUUCUGACCUCUUCAACGACCUGAUUGCCUGUGUGUUCCUUGUGGGAGCCGUGGUCUUUGCUGUGAGAAGUCGGCGAUCCAUGAAUCUCCACUACUUACUUGCUGUGAUCCUUAUUGGUGUGGCUGGACUUUUUGCUUUUAUCGAUGUGUGUCUUCAAAGAAACCACUACAGAGGCAAGAGGACGAAAAAGCAUAUGCUGGUUCCUCCUCCAGGAAAGGAUAAAGGACCCCAGGAGGGCAAGGGACCAGAACCCGCCAAGCCACCAGAACCUGCCAAGCCACCACAGCCAGCAAAGGGAAAGAAAUGACUUGGAGGAGGCUCCUGGUGUCUGAAACGGCAGUGUAUUUUACAGCAAUAUGUUUCCACUCUCUUCCUUGUCUUCUUUCUGGAAUGGUUUUCUUUUCCAUUUUCAUUACUAUCUUUGCUUGGAAAAGAAUGGAUUAAUGGAUUCUAAAAGCCUAAA